CGGGGAGCUAUGCGCAGGUCAGCCGGAGCAAACCUUAACCUCAAACCUGACCAAAGUUUACGUUUGCUUGAGUCCUCUUAUUGCUGUUUUGCUUUUAACUUUUAUUCGAAGUUAUAAAUGACAUAAGAUACGAAAUUUUGUGCUCCUUACUCCAAGUGUGGCAGUAUUGUGACAUAACUUCUAAGUUUGUUUAAUCUGAAUCCUGCCAUGAUCGGGAAAGAGCAACUAAAAGAUAAAAUUCGCGAUGCCUGUAAUACCGCCGAAGAAUUUACAAAAUUAUACUAUGAGAGUAUGGACCGAAGCAGACAUCAAUUGUCAAGACACUAUAUGGAUACCGCCCUGCUAGUCUGGAAUGGUACAGGGUCUGUAGGAAAAGACCAAAUCCAAAAGUUUUUAGAGGCUCUCCCUACCUCCCAGCACACAGUGAAUUCCCUUGAUGCCCAGCCUGUAAUGGAGGAAGCCGUUUCUGGACAGUUCACAUUACUGAUUCAGGCAGCUGGAAGCGUGCACUUUGGUAGCGGUGAGACCAAGCCGUUUCAACAAACGUUUCUCAUUACUGCUCAGGUCCUAGCUCAAGGAAUUAAAUGGAAAAUUGUCAGUGACUGUUAUAGGUUGCAGGAACCUAUAGAGAGUUAGUUUAAUUUAGUAACUAGUGUGAAUGAAUGGUUUUGAAUUUUUGGCUCUUUGAAAUCAAGUUUCAGUUACCUGAAUUGGGAAUAAUGUACACUUUAUCACAAUCCUGUGUCUUUGUAUGAUAGUUUCCUUCUUUUUUUUUGUGAAAUUGUUUUCUUUUUAGUUAAGCUAAGUGUCCAGCCAACUUGCUCUUUUUGUACAUCAGAUUAAAACUUUACCUGAACCCCA